ACUUCAGUCACAGAAGAAGAAAAGGAGUGUCAAGGCGUGAGCGCUGUGACACCCCCAGCUGCUGCCAGCUGCCCGGCCGCCCCGCCAUUCCCUCACAGCUGUCCAGAUGAAAGCCCCCCGCACAGCUCAGCAGAGUCUCCGAAUGAAAGCACUUCCAUCUCUCCAGCUUCCCAGAGCGAAAUCAGUCCUCGUUCCUCAGCAGCUCAGGUUGAAAGUGUGUGCGCAUCCACACCGUGCUCCAGUGAGAGCCCUCCUGCUGCAGCACAGCUGCCCGUCCUGCCGGCUGUGCCCUCAGCUGCAGAAUGCACAGAGCUGGGGCUACAGAGCAGCUCCUGCCAGCCCCCAGCACACAGCUCUGCUCUGUUUGUGCCGGCAGCACCCAGCCAGGCUGCGCUGCUGAGCGGCCGCCCACCGCCUGGGCCUGCACCUGCAUUUCAGCCCUUCUUCUUUACUGGAACUUUCCCAUACAGCAUGCAAGAACUUGUGCUUAAGGUGAGAGUGCAGAACCUCAGAGACGACGACUUCAUUGAAAUUGAACUGGACAGACAGGAGCUGACGUACCAGGAUCUGCUCAGAGUGAGCUGCUGUGAGCUGGGCGUUAAUCCUCAGCACGUAGAGAGGAUCAGGAAGCUACCAAACACAGUGCUGAGAAAGGACAAGGACGUUGCCAGACUGCAGGACUUCCAAGAGCUGGAGUUGGUUCUUGUGAGAAGCGACAGCUCUCCCUUCAGAAAUGCUGCAUCAGCUUUGACUGAGAGACCGUGCUACAACAGCAGAGCCUCAAAGCUGACCUACUGAGUGCCCGCUGCAGCCUGGAAGCACAACGGUUACACACUGCUGCCUUUUGGAGGCAGCAAACAGGCAUCUGUGAGACCUUAAGUUAUUGUUAGGGCUAAUAUUUUAACUAAUAAUCUAUCUUUGGUAUUUAAUAUCCCCCUUUGUCUUUUUUUUUACUUUUGAUACUAUAUUCAGAUAAUUCAGGAUACCUCAUUUGUAUACUAAGAUCACAUGCUUCUGGUGCAGUUCUUUAGUUGUAUGUAGCAACAGAGGGCAGCAAGGAAAUUCUGCAGAGCACUCCCUCUCCUUGAACCAAGCAGGAGAUAUAGGAAAAGACAAUCAGGAAACAGCAGUGUCUGUAGGCAUGUUUGUGUGUGUAUACAUGUAAAGAAUUUCCUGAUUAAGUUAAAUUUCAGAGUGUAUUUGGUGCACAGCCAGCAGCUGCUCUCUGGAAACAGAGGAUGUGCAAUUCCUUAAUCUCUUCCCCCUUCAUGAAGUUUAACCAAGAUGUCACUGUUACUCAUUUUUCCUCUUUUCCACAGAAUUUUAAGUGCACGUAUUGAACACCGCUUUAAUACCAAGCAGUAUUUGUUUUCAUUUGAGAAACAACUUUCAUAUCCACGUUGAGGCCCAGGCCUGCAGUGCAGGAAUAACAUGGACAGUAACCUGUUGAAGAGACAGGAGCAGGCACUGCUUUGGGAAUUGUGCCAGCCAGCCCGAGGCACCUGCACUCCAAACACAACCGCACCUCAAUAGUAGCACAGUUCUGGGACGUCUUUCCUUGCCCCAUCUUGCUGUGGUCCAGACCCUGCAGCUGGCAGCACGAUGCCCUGCGCCCAUCCUGGCUCCCAGCCCCACUCUGCAGUGCAGUGUCCUUGGAGGGACGCUGCUAACAGCACACGGUUUAGAGAACAGCACUGAAGAGGCACCUGAGACUCCUCUGUUCAGACUUUCUGUUAAGUUACUUGGGCUUAAAACUCCUGCUUAGUGGACUGAAAACAAUUACUCUCCUUUCCCCCUGUUCCCUAUCACUACGAGUGCACUGACUAUCCCUCUAUCCAGGAGCUAAAGUCCAGACCCGACUCCUCGUAAGCUAAAGACACAAGGAAAUAGGAAUUCCCAACUUGGGCUCUCACUUUAUUCUUAGGAAAGGCACUUUUACCAUAGCAAUUACAUAUUCAUCUUUAUGAGAUAACUUGGAGACUAGCUCAGAUGAUGUGCAAUAACUGCUCAAAACCUAUACUGGGUGUUAUUUACUUUCUCUCAGCUCCUGUAUUUAAGGUGUCACUGUGAAGACUGCCUCUACUAACUACUGAACAUGUAGCUGUAGGAGCAGCUGGUCUUAAAGCUUUCUUUGCUCUGGUUUCUACAAGGAAUAACUGUUAACGUGAGGAGACUAAAACUUUGAUUGUGAUUUGACUGUGAUAAGAAGUCUAUGCAUUCAGAGAAAUAUUUUUGUAUAUUUUAUGCAGUUUGAUAAACUCUAAGGCACACUACUUCAGGGUUAUUUCCUUUUGCUUUCUUUCAACAAUAAACUUGUUAACAACAA